GAAUCUUGUAUGUACACCCUUAUAAUACCAACCAAUGAAUGUACGCAUGUGUGAAUGACACCUUAUGUUCUUUAGUCUAUGUCGCUACUCUAUUUGCUCCCUCUCUUUGAUUUCGGCUGCGUUGAUGGUCGGACGCGUAAGCUUUGGCUCCCAUAAUUGUAUUAACAUAUAUUAUUUACUAGAUAAUAAAGUUCAUGUGCAUUGUGCGAACAGUGAGUAUUCUUUCUCCACCGCCCUGCUGCUGCGGAACCUCGUAUCCGCGUAAUAGGUUCUGGGCACAGUCACGAUUGAUAUAUAUUCACUGUUCGCCAUCACGCCAUCCACACGUGGGUCAUCAUCCUAUGAUCGCCGGUAAGCGCAUUCAUCAUGGCCGAGGUGAAUCAAAACCAACCUCUCAGCUACUCCAACCAUUCGAUAGAAAAGCUACGUGGCUCGGAAAACUACCAGACAUGGAAGUACCAGAUCAGGAUGCUGCUGACCCUGGACGGUUUGUGGGAGACUGUGGAAGGGACGGACGUUGACCCUUCGCACGUCAAACGAGCAUUGGCUCGCAUCGGCCUCAGCGUUUCGACCGCGUGCCUACAACACAUCAGAAAGGCGACGACCGCUAAAGAAGCGUGGGAUAACCUAAAAACUGUUUUUGAAAACAAAGGUUUGUACAGGCGCGUGCUGCUAUUGCGGCAGCUGCAUCGUAUAGAGUACAAGCAAUAUAACUGCAUGUCCCGUUACCUGGAAGCGGUGAUGUCGCUCGUUCAUCAAUUGGCGGAUAUUGACAAGAACAUAGAAGAUAAAGAAGUGGUGGAACUUCUCCUUAGCGGACUGCCAGACGAAUACGACGCGCUGGUAAGCAACCUCGAGACUGCAAAUAUCGCCGACACCAACCUCACCGCUGAUAUGGUGAGAUCUCGCCUUCUUCAAGAAGAAUCGAGGAAAAUGGAAGGAUCUUCCUGUGUAGAUGAAGCCGCCCUGUUCUCCAAGGCAAGAAACACAGUACCCAGACAACAAAAACAGGUUACUUGUCACUACUGCGGAAAAUCAGGCCAUAUAAAAAGCAAGUGCUUCAAAUAUAGGAAGGACAAGGUGAAGAAUCGGUCGCUUCUGGCUACCGAGUCAUCGAAAGCCUUUUUUGUGAAGAAGUCAUCCUUUUACCUGGACUCUGGAUGCUCCAAUCAUCUUUGCAACGACAAGACAAUCCUGAAGGACUACAAGGAGCUGCCGGGCGAAGGAAGUAAAGUGACUUUGGCCAACGAUGACUCUAUAUCGGCUGAAGGCGUCGGGGAACUGCCAGUGGGAGGCGUCAUCGAUAAACUUAAUAAGGAAACUUCUGGUGCGAAGUGUGAGACCUGUCUGCUUGGGAAGCAAGUUGCCUUGCCGUAUCCCGUGGGCGAGGCUACACGUGCACACGUACCUUUGCAACUAGUGCAUAGCGAUGUAGCAGGUCCGUUUCAAGAAGACAGCAUUGGAGGUGCGAGGUUCAUGGUUACCAUGACUGAUGACUACACCAGGAAGUCACACAUCUUCCUCAUGCGUCAUAAAUCCGAGGUAAUUAAACAUUUUAUUACUUACAAGAAUUUAGUAGAAAAACAAUUAGGAUUGCCAAUUAAAACUCUUCGGACAGAUUUUGGGUCUGAAUAUUGUAACAAAAGUUUUGCUGAUUUUCUUAGAAGAGAAGGUAUUGUUCAUCAGAAGAGUGUUCCUUACUGCCAUCAGCAGUGUGGUGUUGCUGAGAGACUGAAUAGGACUCUUCUUGACAAGGCUAGAUGUAUGUUAUAUGAAGCUGGUCUCAGCAAGUGUUUUUGGGGUGAAGCAGUUAUGACUGCUGCAUACUUAAAGAAUAGGAGUCCAACAAGUGCAUUGUCGGGACUAGACGUGCGCGCCGCCGCGGCGCGCCGCCGCCAUAAGGAGUCAGCGCGCCGCCGCCGCCGCCGGUAG